UAGAGUCAGAUGUUAAAUGCCCUACUCAGUCACAUGGGAUGUAUUUUUUGCUGUUCACUUAUCAGCCUCCAACUGUGAUCCAUCUGAAAGAUCAUCUAGAACUACAGAACACACCUGAAUCUAUAGUUUACUGACCAAGAAAUAACAGAUGUUGAGGAACAUUAUAAACUCCUUGGGAGCUACAGCUGGUGACCAAUGGGAUCGUUUUUCUUGGUCGGCUUACCAGUAUAAUACAUUAUUACUCAUAUACAAUGCCGGUUUCUAUAAUGGCCUCCAGUGCCAUCAUAUCCCUCUACUGGGAGGUUUUCCCUCCAAUGCCCACCUGUCGGGUCUACUGCACACCAGCCUAUCAAGAGGGGCAUUUAUUUGUCAUGGGAGGAUGUAGCAAAACAGGACUUCCUUUGGACACUGUAGAAAUGUUGGACGUGGAAUCCCAGACAUGGGCAGUGCUACCUCCACUCCCAACUCCCCGGGCUGGAGCUGCUGCUGUCACCAUGGAUAAACAGGUUCUGGUGGUUGGCGGAAUGAAUUCAGAACAGUGUCCAUUGCCAUCUGUGGAGAUAUACAACAGUGAUGAGGGAAAGUGGGAAACAAAAGCACCACUGUGCCAACCAUCCAUGGGCAUCAGUGCCAUAGAAAAAGAAGGGAAGAUAUAUGCCCUGGGAGGAAUGGGCACAGAUACCGCCCCUCAGGCCUUGGUAAGAGUCUACGAGCCAUCAAUGGACAGCUGGCAGCAACUCCCCUGCAUGCCCACCCCACGUUACGGUGCCUCCACUUUCCUGCGGGGAAACAAAAUCUUUGUCUUGGGGGGCAGACAGGGUAAGCUUCCAGUAACCGCCUUUGAGGCUUUGGACCUGGAGAUGAAAAGCUGGACGCGAUAUCCCAGCAUCCCAAGCCGGCGUGCCUUUGCCAGCUGCACCAUGUCCGAGAGCACUUUCUUCAGUCUUGGUGGCUUGCAGCAACCUGGUCCCCACAAUUUCUACUCCCGACCCCACUUUGUGAACACUGUGGAGAUGUUUGACUCUGAGCAAGGUGUCUGGAGCAAACCCGGGCGGUCCACCCGCAUGAGGGAGAAGAGAGCCGACUUUGUCGCUGGGUACUUGGGGGGCCGCGUGAUUGCUGCAGGAGGACUCGGCAAUCAGCCUUCUCCGUUGACCUCCGUAGAAGGCUUCAACAUGGUGAAGAAGAGGUGGGAGAUUUUGCCAUCGAUGCCGACCGGACGAUGUUCCUGCUCGAGUCUUCAGUCCAGCAACAUGCUGUUUGUGAUUGGUGGUGUGGCACAGGGACCCAGCAGUGCUGUGGAAGCUCUUUGUAUCUUGGAGGAUGCUUGAAAAAAAUAACCUUUUAAUUGACGAAACCAACAUCGUUGGGGGUGGUAAAAGUGCCUGAACAUCUCUAGUUAUGUGAAACACAAGCCCAAAAUCAAUGGAUCAGUAUGGUUAUCAGCAGAGUAAUAGUGCUAGCUUAAAAUGGAAGGCAACUUAAGUCGAUGGCAGUGGUAUGUCCACAAAGGAGGAAGACAUUUGUUUGCGGAACAAUGGACAUUAAAAGUAUCUGGACCACUGCUGAAAGCCAACAGUAGAGUUUAGCCUUGUUAGAACCGAAGAGCUGUUUUAGUUGUGUAACAAAAAUAAAUAUAAAAAAAGACUUACUAACGUGGAAGGUUAUACAAACGUGUCUCCUGUUACCAAAAA